AUGUCACGGAAGAUGGACAAGAAGCAAAGGGACUUGGCCGACCUCCGCUACGUGAUCUGGUGCUGCAUCAACCUGCGGCCGCAGCAGAUGCGGUACGACGAUGGCUUCAAGCUUUUCGUUGGUGUUUUGUCACCCCAGUACGUAGACACCACGAUGGCCUCCACUACCUUCAACAAGGUGUUGGACGCCCUGUACGACAGGGUGAAGCAAGCCAUCAUGGACGACUUGCGGUUGUUGCGCGAGGAGUUUCUGGGCAUGGGGUAUGGUGGAGCUUUCCUUGGUGCCCAUCUAGAUCUCACGACUGUGGCCAACGAGGAGUACAUCACUUUCACCGUCUCGUACGUCAAGAAGGGUAAAACGGAUGAUGUUACCCGUGUCGCGCUUGCGACGAGAGCGUUUCCCGGCAGCCAUACCGCCGAGGACAUCAAACCCUGGAUCGAAGCGCUCACGCUGGAGUACUUUAAGGACUUGAUCGGGCCGUCGGUCCAGCCCCACGACGUCUUCCUCGGGUUCACGGUGGAUCAAGGAAAGAACAUCGUGAACGCGUAUACGGCGUUGGGGGUUCCAGUCGUCGAGUGCAACUGCCACCGCGUCAAUUCCGCCGUCCUGUGGGCCCUGGGUAUUGCGGGUUGUGCGAGGACUUGCAAGAACAAGCUGAUGGGAGACCUGAUGAAGAAGCUGGCAGCGUCGGUCGGCGUCUUCAGCCACUCCGCUGUCAACAACGACAUGCUGAAGGAAAUCCAGCGGCUGGAGGCGGAUCUGCAUCGCGUCUACGAGUGGACUAGCCAGUUCAGGAUGAUGGUUCGCCUUCUGAUCUUGAAUAAGGCGAUCAACGAGUACUUCCGGCGACUUGCCCAGCAGAACCCCCAGCACAAACAGCUGAAACGCAAGUUGACUGCCCACGAGUGGACCGUCACAAACGAGGUGUGCAGCCUCCUGGACACCGUCUCCGAGGCCACGAUCCGCAUGCAAGGCGCCGCCGACACCCACAUCAGCCAGGCGACGUUCAUCGUUCACGAGGUGAUGGAGAUGUUGAAGGAGGACUCUCACCCAAUCCGAGUGGAGAACGCCAUGGUCACGCCGCCCCCACAGGCACCGGGCCUCAUCCUCGCCGAGGAGGAGGAGCAGCAGCACCAGGCCUCUCUGGUCGAUAUCUCCACGGAGGACACCCAGGCUGGCGUUACGGGUCGGCGCGUCUUGAUCGAGCGAGAGAUGUUGGUGUACUUGGCGGAGCAACCGCAGCUCGACGUCGAUGGCUUCAACCUUAUUGGAUUUUGGAACCGGCGAGGCACUGACAGCGUGCGCGCGGCGACUGGGCAGGUCACGUCUCCGGCGGACAUGCCGUACCUGGCGUUUAUCGCUCGGUUGCACCUUGGGAUCGAGGCCACCAGCUGCCAGGCCGAGCGCAAUUUUUCAGCGCUAGCUCACCUCAUCGGUAACCUUCGCUGCAACAUGCUUCCGCACAGGGUCGAGCGCAUGAUGCUCAUCCGGCUCAACAGGCGCAUGCUCGACGAGGUUCGCGCGUUCGACGCUGCUGUAUCGCGGGCACGAGAAAUGGCCACCAAGAAUGCCGCGAAGUCCGCGGCUGCGCAGGAGGAGAGAGCAAACAAGCCGAUCGAUAUCUCCCUCUAG